AUGGCAAAGCUUACAACUGAUGUCACUCAUGAGCCUGCCCGCGGCGGUCCCAAGCAAACUUUACCGGUAUUAGAAACAGAGCAAUAUCCAGACUGGCCAUUGCGCAAACCGGAUGAUGAUCCUGGUAAAGCACUAGAAAUUCAACCGGAAAAAGAAGUUGAAUAG